AUGGCAUGGGUAAAAUUCUUACGGAAACCUGGUGGAAAUCUUGGAAAAGCUUAUCAACCUGGGAGUAUGCUAUCCCUAGCCCCUACCAAAGGCUUGUUGAAUGAACCAGGACAAAACAGCUGCUUUCUUAAUAGUGCUGUACAGGUUUUAUGGCAAUUAGAUAUAUUCCGAAGAAGCUUGCGGGUUCUGACUGGACAUGUUUGUCAGAAAGAUGCCUGCAUAUUUUGUGCAUUGAAGACGAUAUUUGAACAGUUUCAACACAGUCGAGAAAAAGCACUUCCUUCGGAUAACAUAAGGCAUGCUCUUGCAGAAAGUUUCAAAGAUGAGCAGCGAUUUCAGCUUGGCCUUAUGGAUGAUGCUGCAGAGUGCUUUGAAAAUAUAUUGGAGAGGAUUCAUUUUCACAUAGUGCCAAGCAGAGAUGCAGACAUGUGUACCUCUAAAUGUUGUAUCACUCACCAGAAGUUUGCUAUGACUCUGUAUGAACAGUGUGUGUGUCAUAGCUGUGGAGCAUCAUCAGAUCCUCUACCCUUUACAGAAUUUGUGCGGUACAUUUCUACAACGGCCCUAUGCAAUGAAGUUGAAAGAAUGAUGGAAAGGCAUGAACGCUCUAAGCCUGAAAUGUUUGCAGAAUUGCUGCAAGCAGCAAAUACAACUGAUGACUAUAGGAAAUGUCCUAGUAACUGUGGCCAAAAAAUAAAAAUUCGGCGUGUUUUAAUGAAUUGCCCAGAGAUUGUUACAAUUGGUUUAGUCUGGGACUCUGAGCAUUCUGACUUGACCGAGGAUGUUGUUCGGAAUCUCGCAACGCAUCUUUAUCUGCCCGGGCUUUUUUAUAGGGUUACUGAUGAAAAUGCCAAAAAUAGUGAACUUCACCUUGUUGGCAUGAUUUGCUACACUAGCCGACAUUAUUGUGCCUUUGCUUUUCAUACCAAGAGUUCCAAAUGGGUAUUUUUUGACGAUGCAAAUGUGAAAGAGGUUGGAACUAGAUGGAAAGAUGUGGCCUCCAAGUGUAUCCGAUGCCACUUCCAACCACUGCUUUUGUUUUACGCAAACCCAGAUGGCACAGCAGUUUCCACUGAAGAUGCGCUCAGGCAGGUCAUCAACUGGCCACAUCAUAAAUCCGUUGCAGAAAAUAUAGGAUGUGAAAAGCCCUCAAUUCAUAAGUCAGAGAAUUCAAAAGAAAAUGGAUUUGGUGAUCAGACAAAACAGAGAGAAAAUCAAAAAUUUCAAGCAGAUGGUAUUUCAUCAUUUAAUCGGAGCCACAUUCAAACAAGUGGCAGUAGAGGAACAGUUAAGUCAAGUCACAAUGAUCAAAGGGAAAAAAUAAAAGACAUUUCCAGAGAAUGUGCUCUAAAAGCCAUUGAACAGAAAAACUUACUUUCCUCACAAAGGAAAGAUUUGGAAAGGGGACAAAGAAAAGAUUUGGGCAGACAUAGAGAUUUGGUUAAUGAAGACCUUCCACAUUUCAAGUCUGGAUCACCUCCUGCCCCAAAUGGCUUUAGACAAUAUGGGAAUCCACAUCUAUAUCAUAGUCAAGGAAAAGGGCCGUGUAAGCAUGACCGAAUUGCCCAUCAGAGUCGAGCUUCUGCACAAACAUUAAGUUCAAGUAAAUCCCAGAUUCUUGCUUCAGGAGAGAAAAUAACUGGCAAAGUUAAGAGUGACAGUGGUACUGGAUAUGAUACAGACAGUAGCCAAGAUUCUAGGGAUAAAGGAAGCAGCUGUAAUGGCAGCACUAAAAGCCGAAAUCGAGGUUGGAAACCUAUGAGAGAAACAUUAAAUGUUGAUAGUAUUUUUAAUGAAAGUGAAAAAAGGCAGCAUAGUCCAAGACAUAAAUCAAAUAUUAGUAACAAAUCUAAAUGUAGCAAAGAUCAGAGUUUUAACAGUUGUCCAAAAGAGAAUCCAAAGCAAAAAUGUUUAAUGACUAUAUAUGAAGAUGAAAUGAAGCAGGAAACAGGAAGCAGGAGUUCCCUUGAAUUUAAUGGAAAAGGAGCAGAGAAAAAUAAAGCCCUCAAAGAAACUAAAGUUCAUGGUGACAAUUGGCAGAUGCAAAGGACAGAGUCUGGAUAUGAAAGCAGUGAUCAUAUCAGUAAUGGCUCUGCUAAUUUGGAGUCACCUGUUAUCGAUGGAAAUGGUACAGUGAUGAAUAUCAGUGGAGUUAAAGAAACCUCAUCCUUCAGCAACCAGAUUAAGACAAGCAAUCUAAACAUAGAUCGUAUGAACUAUACCUCCCAACAGAGCAAAAACUACUUGGAAGGCUUUAGAAAAGAACUCAAGAACCUGGAAGUAGCCUAUAAAUCUUAUGAAUCCCACCCAGAAUCACAUCUACAAAUAAAAACUCCUUUGAUAAAAAGGUCACAUAUACGUGAAACCAAUGGAAAGUUAUUCCCUUCAUCCAAUCCACAAAUACUCAAGGACCAUACAGCAAGAGAGCAUACCCACCAGUCAGAUGAACAGAAACUUGAAAAAGCACAUGAAUGCAAAUUUUCUGAGUGGCUUAAUAUAGAAAAUUCUGAGAGAACAGAUUUGCUUUUUCACGUUGAUGAUAAUUCUGCUUCUGCAAAGAGAGUGAACAGUAAUGGAACAGUCUCACCAUCUUCAUUGUGGUCUUCACACAUGAGAACUGUGGGGUUGAAGCCAGGAACUGCUCCCCUCAUCCAGCAGCAAAAUGUGAUAGAACAGUGUUACUCUGAGAACUCUCUAUCCAGGGAACAUCUCAUUCAGUCAACCUGCAGAUCUGAUGGUUGUCAGACGCCAGAACUUGUUUGCCAGAAUACCCCAGCCCCUCUGCCACCAAAGAAAUAUGCUAUAACCAGUGUGCCACAGUCAGAGAAAAAUGAUGCUGCACCUGCUGUCAAACCAACAGAGAUGUUUAAAGCUAAUUCUUCUAGUCUCCCAAAGCACAGUUUAAGUACAGCUUCAGAACCAGGUUUAGAAGUGAGUACAUAUAUGAAUGAUGAAAGACUUAAGGAAACAUUUCAAGCAAAAGAGUAUGUUGGCAACACAUCAAACACCCCGUCCAGCUCUUCAGCUAAUGAUUUUCAGGCAGACUCGGGUACAGCUGUUGGUGCUUCUUGCCAGCCAGAAAUAGACUCUAGUUCUACCUGUCCAAAUGAGACAAUUUCAUUAACUACUUAUUUUUCAGUGGAUAACUGCAUGACUGAUACAUAUAGAUUGAAAUACCAUCAGAGGCCCAAGCUCUGUUUUCCAGAGAGCAGUGGCUUUUGUAAUGAUAAUUCACUUUCUCAGAAUGAAAAAGGGCUAGGGCCUGUGUUACAUAGUAGUCUUGGUUCAAACUGCCCUUCCAAGCAAAGAUAUAAACCUAGUAUACAUUGUAAUAGAUAA